AAGAGAGCUGACAGCAGAGCAGAAACACAAACAGAGGACUAUUAUCACUAAAUUGUCCCCAUUUUACUUUAUAUUUAAUUAAAUAUAUACAAUAUUCUAUUUAUUCCCAGCCAUGGAGUUGUCAGAAAUACUGUACAACAAAGCGGAGUACAUUGAGACGGCUUCUGGUAACAAAGUGAGCAGACAGUCAGUGCUGUGUGGGAGUCAAAACAUCGUACUCAAUGGCAAAACUAUAGUAAUGAAUGACUGCAUCAUCCGAGGGGACCUGGCUAAUGUCAGGGUGGGCAGACACUGUGUGGUGAAGAGCCGCAGUGUAAUCCGACCACCUUUCAAAAAGUUCAGCAAAGGAGUGGCUUUCUUCCCGCUGCACAUCGGAGACCACGUCUUCAUCGAGGAGGACUGUGUGGUCAACGCAGCGCAGAUCGGUUCCUACGUCCACAUUGGGAAGAACUGUGUCAUAGUAACUCAGAAGGGAACUACAGGCCUCAGAUCCUUUCACCUUGUGUUUAUCCACCAUAUCUUUACCUGUGUCCAUCUUUCUCUCUCAGGUCUGUUUUCAGGAGAGCUCCCAGAGUGCACACAGGACCUGAUGAUCGAUGUAACCAAGAGCUACUACCAGAAGUUCCUGCCUCUCAGUCAGAUCUGAGUCCUGCCCCAAAAACCGUCAGCAGGAUCCAGACCCUUUCCAGAUGCCAGUGUCAGGUCAGGGUGGGGGUCUCUCAUCACAAAUGGACUCUGAGAGCUCACCUUCUAUUCCUCCACCUCCCAAAAGACCCUACGUUUAUCUGCUAUUCACAAACACUUGGUCCUGUAUAAAAACCCAUAUGUUUGAGAAUGAGAAAAGCACAUCUGAUAUAGCUGCAAGAGGUAGUAUGCAGCUCCAACAUUGAAAAGUCUUUACAAAUACAGAAAUUGUAUAAGGUGUUGUCAUUUAACUACCCACAGCAAAGCAGUAUAAGAUGCUUUCAAAGGGCACAAAUAAAGACCCUACAGGCACUAGUAAUUUUUCCGGAUGAAUAAUGUUCAUGUUUUCUGCUUAAUGUGAUGUGGAGAAACUCAAGGAUCUCUGCGUAGCUGCAGAUAAUCACAUUCUUCCAUCUAUGACAGCAGCUGUGGGUGAAGAUGAGGAGGUGGAGGAGCUAUGAAAGGAAGGAGGUGCCUGUAUGACACCCAUGGACCAAAACACUAGCAACAACAGUGAUGUUUAAGGAUGUUGGCAUUUAAACAAGCCACAUUUAAAUACACACUGGUAUCAGCGCUUUUCGAAGGCUAUUCGUUGUUUUACUCAUUUUAUUUCUAAUUUGAAGAACUUCUUUGCAUUCUCCUUCACUGGCCUAUGUUUUGUUUUUAUUUAAUAAUGUGUCUUUUAUGUCUUUACUUUUCAAAUGAUAAACUGCAGUGUGUUCAUUUUAAUUUGUUGAUUUGUGCAGGACAGCCCCCUGUUCUUUGCCUUUGUUGAACUCUGUCACUAUACAGUAGCCAACAUCUAAAAUAGUGCAGCAAUCAAAUAAAUACAAAUGCUUGAAAAUCUGCCUCACAUGGACUCAGCUCUGCCUGCUUUAAAAACUAUUAACCACUUGUUUCCCUCCAGCAAAUGUUUUAAUCUGUGAUUCCUAAUAUAGGCCACAGGGCUUUAUAUCUUGUAUUCUAUUAGAUGUUAUGACAUCUUUGUAAGGUACUUGGUGGUGCAAUGUUUUAUUUGUAGUGUGCACGCGCUUGGACACAAUUUGGUUACAUCGUCAAUUUGGUUGUAAUUCGCAACCAAGCAUAACAGCAUGCCAACGAAGGAUAGGAAGAAUCGACUAAACAAGUAAUUAUUACAUAUUUAAACUUCAAUAAUGGGCUUUAUGUUUCAUGUUGAAAGAAAUGCAUUCAACACGUUUUUUAAAACCUCAAGGAUACGGGGAUUAGGAAAGAAAACAUGUUAACAUGUUUUAUUUAUAUGAAAAAUGCUCAUUGCAACUUUAAGCUAAUUCAUCUUUAAAGCAGCGUUUGUGUUUUAAACAACAUUUACGACAUUACGUUCGUGUUUUUUCCCUCACAAAAGCUGUAUGAUUAUAUGAGGUAAAACAAACGUGUGGGAUAUAUUUCCUUCCCUUAAAAUGUUUGCAAAGUUGUUAGCAUCCAUGUUUUAUUACUAGCUUAUUCUUCCUCUUCUUCUUACGGGAUUUGUUUGCACACUGCUGUGGGUUGUGGCGCGUUACUGCCACCUGUUGGGCGAGAGGUAUACUGUAAAACCCAGAUACAGUUUAUACAGGCUGUGGUUAAACCAAGUAGUACUAUUUAUUUCUUUAAGCAUUGGCUGGACAGUUUAUAAAGUCACCUGUUUGUAUGUACGUUUCGCAGGAGACAAACACUCCAUGGACCCCCGUGGUUUAAACAUGAUAUCAUAUAUCUACUAGAGUUUGAAAACUCCAUAAGGAGACUAUAAAAUAGUAGAAAAGAUUAGGAUUAGAAUUCGACUCAGCAGUAUUCAUUUGCAUUUAAGUAAUAAGUGUCACUGUUAAAGAUAGUUGCUACUGUUACAACCUUCCUUAAGGCUGGAAACAAAUAGGGAGGCCACACAGAGUUAAAUGCCAAACUAUCAGAACAGGGUCACGCACACUUUGCAGGCCUGUGGGUCCCCAUCACAUACCCAUGGCCAUGACAUGUGGAAAAGUGACUUUUUCCCCCAAUGCUGUUCUUUGGCAUCCUCUUGUGGAUUAAAGCUGUGCCAAGAUACGUGUAAUUUAUGUGAGCCUUCAAUAACUCAGUCCAGAGAAGAAGGCACAACUAACUAAGGAACAACCACUCCCGAAAAAUACAUUUGAAAUACUAUAGUGACUGUCAUUUCAUUUCUUUUUAACACAUAAGGCUCCUCUAACUACCAAACAGAUCACUAUUUCUUGCUUGUGCGUCAUCUCUUGUGAAAUGCAAACUAUUCUAUAAGUGCUUACUGCUGCUCAUUUGCAUGUCAGGUCUAAAUGCAACCAGAUCUAUCCGCUCUAUAGGGGGAACCUCUGGUGCAAGUUUUUGAGUUCUCAAAAUAUACAUGCUAAGUGUGUUAAAAUGAAGAGUAAAAAUAAGCUUCCUUACUUGGUCUAAAAAGGUUUGCUUUAUGCAUUUACAAUACACUUUGAUGACAUGCCACUCGCCCUUUAUUUUCCAUAAGCUCAAGAGGGGCAAUUGAACAAAUAAAACACUUCUGUACGAACCCUUAAUUAACAUUAUAUUACAAUACAUUUAGCUGACGCUUUUAUCCAAAGCAACUUACAAUAAGUGCAAUUAAAUAUUAAGCAAAUUAAACAAACAAAAGUAACAUUUACUUUUCUUUAAUGAAACAGACAAUCGAUUUGCAACUCAAUGGUUUUAUUUAUUUUACAAUGUGAACCACAUAUAUCAUACCAACAAUUAAAUGUUAAGUAUAUAGAUUAGCCAUUUAUUACUUUUUAAACAAAUAAGUAUCAAGAAACAGCUGAUAAUAGCGUUGGCUCCAGAGACACGUGGCAUGACUCAGUCUUUUUGAGAACAAUGUCGAUGAAGGCCGGUGAUUGGCUCGGCAGAAGAAAAGAAAAACACUAAGUGCACCCCCCCUACCCCCCCAUUAUAACCCAGCUAAUCAAUGCAGGUUCAACAGGGGGAUUAGAAAGAUGGCAGCGUCCUGCCAACUCUCUUUAGUCAAGCUUUUUGAGGGGGGGGGGGAACUGUCUGCAGCCACUUCACGUCUUCCCUUUGUUGUCAUGCAACAGAAACACUGGGGAGGAUAACCACUCAUUUGUAACAUCACGCACCAUUUGGUUUCAGUCGAUGUGGCGUGCUAGACGCAAAAACAGUGCCCGGAGAAAGAUAGAGCAACUCAAAUAUUCAAAAUGCAUUCCUCUGAUUUAAUUAAGAGCGUGUUGACAGGUCGGUUCAUAGGAUUUACAUAAUCUCCGUACACUGCCAUUGGCUGUCUUUAAGGGCCGAAGUUCCUAUUGAAUAAACAUUGAUCCUUCCUAUUGUCACAUUAUUAACGAGCCUUGUGCUAGCUGAAGCUAACAAGGACAUACUGUUUAGAAAGACGUAAAGCAUGAAUUCUCACCAUGAAUGACUUUUCCUGUAACCAACUCAAAACUCCAUUUGAAAUCAGUCCAACUCAGUGGUUUCCUUUGUAUGCCAGAAUAAAGUCUUUGACAGAAGCAACACAUCUCAGCCUUUUCUUUUCCACCAACAAGCCAGAUAUGAUGUAUGAAUAUAAAAGCCAACCUAUAACGUAAAAGAAAAUUUUAAUCUGUGACCAAACUGUAACAGAAGUUAAAAACUGGCAUGCUUUAUACAACUAAAGAAAACCCACUUUUCCAGGUCGUACAAAUAGAAGGGGAGUGAACGAAAAGGAGGACGAGGAGAAGGAAACAGUGACGUCUCAUUGGUUCAGCUACAGCGGGUUUACAGGUCAAGUUUAAGCCAACAUUUACUCUAUUGCUAAUAUGGCAGGGCAUCACUGGGGAUAUUUCUAUUCGAUAACUCAAGACUUUUAAUGAUUUCAACUUUGUUAGCAUUAUAUGCUAAAGGAGACCAAUAAAAAAAAAAAAAACAUGAUAUACUCCAAGUAUCUUUCAAUAUAAAUCAUAAAAAAUUCAAUGCAGUUCUUUCUACUUGAACUGUGAAUAUACUCAAAUUUCGGACUCAUGCGGUAUCAGCGUCUCCGACUCUUCACCGUUACAAAAUGAUUGAAGGCAACAACAAUUUGAAUUAAACCAUCGAGGAUAUUCAUCAUCCUGUAAAAAAAAAAAAAAAAGCCUCCACGUCGUAUUAAUGCACACGGCCCUUGUACAAAAAA